AUUCAAAUCAGAAAACGCGUGAGGACUAAAAAAAUGGCCACCGACUGUACGGCUACUAUCUAGUCAAUAAUUAUUAUCUCUCCCUCUUUAGCCCUUACCUCCACCUUAUGGGUUUGAUGGCGCCCAGACCGCAUUGCUAAUGGCUACCCAUUUUUUGCAGACUUGUCUUCACAAUUUCCUUGAUCAUGUAGUAGACUUCUUAAAAAUCAUCCUAACAUCCAAAACUUCUUACCUUUGCGGAAUCGAGCAUGAAAUAGAUAGCAGAAGUAAAAUAGACCGUCACAUUUUAAUUCUACUUACGAAAACUAACACAACAACAGAUUAGAAAUCAGCAGUGAGAUUUGGCGGCAAACACUUCAGUGUUUCAAAAACAGAAUUUUUGCGUCCAUUAUAGUUCGUCGAAUAUAAAUUCAAAAAGCCAUUACAUUGCAUUGUUGGAAUGGCAAAGUUUUCAAGCGCAGAACAACGAGGAUAUAGAACACGUAUGACAUGUGGAUUUAGGGAGGGCUUUAAUCCCUCCUUUUCUUCACAAGUGUUCUAUUUCCAUAGAACACCAGGUUUCUUGCCAUGUGCAAAGGGAUUAUAUCGUCUGGAGCCUUGCAGUCUGCAGUUCAGAGGACACAAAGGAAUCGAAGAGGCUUGGUUUUGUCAUCGAAUUAAAAAAAGAAAAACCUUUGACAUAAUGAAGCACAUUUGUACGAUUCACACUCAACGUUUAGUCGAUUUGAAGUGUUCUCAGAUCCAUUUGACUGGGUCGAUUACAGGAAAAGAAGCUUGCUACUUCCUUAUUUCUCAUCGAAAUCAAUUACUUUGUAAUCCCCUACAUCAGCAUCAACAAAAAAUAUGCGUUCUCUAUUACCCGGAACAAACGUAUGGCGACCCCAGCCUUUUCCAAGAUCUAGCUCAGCUUGGUUUGAUAUCUUCGUCAUCCAAAAUAUUUACUCGAGCAGCUACCAUCGAAGACAUUCGUCAAAGUAUCGCUUUUACCCUUUCUGUUCGUCUGACUACUGGCUGGAAUCCGGUUGGAAAAUGGCUGAUUCACAAAAAUCAGCGGAAUUUCUUAGACAUGGAUGACAAAAGUGAUACCUUUCAAGCGGUCAAAUUUGAGAUUCGAUUAUCAGAUGGUCGUGAUAAGGUGGAAGUGUGGGCCCAUGGCGGAGAACUCAAAUUGUAUCCAAUUACUCCCCACGAUUUAGUUCUGAAAUCCGAUGAACUUAUCCACUUCAAGGAAGAUCCCAACGCUGUGAUUAAUUUUCAAUCUACACCGCAUCACCGAUUUUUCUAUUUGCCAAAAAUUAGAGUCGGCUCACUAAUGUCUGUCUCGCGUCAAUUGCCUGACUUCUCACCAUUUAAGGAUUAUGGAGAACUGUGCAAUUAUUGGAAACAGCAGUAUGGGUACGUGUUACCAGAAACUUCUACAGGAAUUGUUUACUUUAACGUGGCAUUCACAAACCAAGAAUCCCCUGGUAUCAUCUAUACGUACCCUUCAUGUUGUGUUUUUCUUGAGCCACCAUUACCUCUUGAAACACCCAGAAAAAUAUCUCUAUCCAUCGUCCGCCAAUUCUGGCGCUGCUUGGAACCGCUCCUCUCAUGCUUUCCUGGACAGACAACACCCAAUCACUGGCUGAUCGAUUCAUUUUCCAGAAUCCCGUUACAAGAGCAAUUCGCAGAAGAUCUUGAGAAGGACAUAAAAAUGAAAACUCUUUUGGGAUCCGAAAAACAGAUGCACGGCAUUUCGAAAUACUUUCCGCAGCCUCCGAUUGAUCGUUUUAUGUGGAGAGAAGAGAAAAAAUCAAAUCUCGAGAAAAAAUCCAAGUUACAAAAAACGUCGGUUACUCAACGAGCCAACAGCCAUACCAUUACACACUACUUUUCCUCGCAAAAUCCUAACGUGAAGAUCCGCAGAACGGCCAACAAAGUUACAUUUAAUACUUAUUUUUCUGUAGCCCGUUUAGUACCGCCUACCAGACUUGUCUUCAACGGAACCUAACCCUAACGAUCUUAAGACGGAUAUUUAAGCCGUUAACAGUUUCCAUCCAAAGAUGCUCUUAAGAAAUCAUAGAAGCAAGCGUUGUCAGAAUACAUUUUCAGUGCCCCACCAAAAAAAAAAAGUUUUUUUUAAAUACAAUUUUCUUGUGUAAAUGA